CCUCUGCUGCUACCGCCGCCGCCUCCUUGAUAUAGCGAGGCGCAAAGAGGCGCUUGCAGUCACUCGGCGAACGGCGCUCGUGAGGAGGCUUCGGGGCUGGAGUUUGCUCUCGCGGCGCGCGUCUAUGUGCGAGCGGGCGCGCGGCGGGCGCGCGCCUUUGACUGAAGGGGUGAGGAGACUUGAGCGAGAGGAGAGCGACGCAGUAGCAGCAGAGGCGGCGGCAAAGUAGGAGCGAGACUGCUGGCUUCGCCUCCGCUCGGCGCCUCUUAACUUGGGAACUGUCCACCAACGGGAGCUCCUGAAAAUGAACCGCCUGACUCUUUACCUGCUCGGAUUGUUCCUCAGUAGCGGGCAAGCACUUUUACAAGUGUCAAUUUCCCUCAGCAAGGUAGAAGUCAGUGUGGGUGUAUCCAAAUUCUUCACAUGCACAGUAAUUGGUGAGGCUGAGAGUAUAGAUUGGUACAACCCACAAGGAGAGAAGAUUGUAUCUAAUCAAAGAGUGGUAGUACAGAAAGAAGGUGUCAGAUCACGGUUAACAAUCUACAAUGCCAAUGUGGAAGAUGCUGGAAUAUACAGGUGUCAAGCAACAGAUUCUAGAGGACAGACUCAAGAGGCUACUGUUGUUUUGGAAAUUUACCAAAAGCUCACAUUCCAAGAUAUUUCAUCCCCACAAGAAUUUGUACAGGGAGAAGAUGUACAAGUCAUUUGCCGUGUUACUAGUUCACCUGCACCUAUUGUCAGCUGGUUGUAUCAAAAUGAGGAAGUCUCAAAUAUUGCUGACAAUAGGUUUGCCAUGCUGCCAAACAAUAAUCUUCAAAUUCUUAAAAUCAAUAAAAGUGAUGAAGGUGUUUACAGAUGUGAAGGAAGAGUAGAAGCCAGAGGGGAAAUUGACUUUCGGGAUAUCAUUGUACUUGUAAAUGUUCCUCCAGCUAUCACAUUGCUACAGAAGUCCUUUAAUGCCACAGCAGAUCGAGGCGAGUCAAUUACAUUAUUCUGCAGAGCCAUGGGUUCUCCUGAACCUGAAAUCAAUUGGUAUAGGAGAGGAAAACGCAUUGAGGAAAAUGAAAAAUACGUACUAAGGGGAAGCAAUACAGAACUGACCAUUAGAGAUAUAAAAAAUAUUGAUGCUGGACCUUACAUCUGUGAAGCAAGAAAUAAAGCAGGAAAGAUGACAAAUCAGACAUUUCUUCAAGUUUUUGUACAGCCUCAAAUAAUACAACUUAAAAAUGAAACUACCUUUGAAAAUGGCCAAGCUACCCUCAUAUGUGAGGCAGAAGGAGAACCUGUCCCUGAAAUUACUUGGAAAAGAGCAAUCGAUGGAAUCACAUUCUCUGAAGGUGACAAGAGCCCAGAUGGCCGGAUAGAAGUCAAAGGGCAACAUGGAAGAUCAUCACUGCACAUUAAAGAUGUGAAGUUGUCAGAUUCGGGAAGAUAUGACUGUGAAGCAGCAAGCAGAAUUGGAGGGCACCAAAAGAGCAUGUAUCUUGAUAUUGAAUAUGCUCCAGUCUUUGUUUCAAAUCAGACAACAUAUUAUUCCUGGGAAGGAAAUCCCAUCAAUAUAAGUUGUGAUGUUCUAUCUAAUCCAUCAGCAUCUAUUCAAUGGAGACAAGGAAAACUAGUUUUACCUGUAAGAAACUCAACUCAUCUAAAGACACACAGUGCUGGAAGCAAACUGAUACUAGAGUUUGCUCCUACAUCUGACAAUGAUUUUGGACGGUACAACUGCACAGCCACCAAUAGAAUAGGAACACGAUAUCAAGAAUAUAUAUUAGCUUUAGCUGAUGUACCAUCCAGUCCACAUGGAGUAAAAAUUAUAGAGAUAUCACAGACGGUUGCUAAAGUCUCUUUCAAUAAACCAGAUUCACAUGGGGGCGUCCCAAUCCAUCAUUAUCAAGUGGAUGUCAAAGAAGUCUCUUCAGAAACAUGGAAAGUCGUUCUUUCCCAUGGAGUUCAGACAACCGUUAUUCUCAGCAACCUGGAACCUAAUACAACAUAUGAAAUGAAGGUUGCUGCUGUAAAUGGAAAAGGGCAAGGAGAAUAUAGCAAAAUUGAGAUAUUUCAAACAUUGCCAGUUCGUGAGCCAAGCCCUCCAGCUAUUCAUGGACAACCAGGCAGUGGGAAAAGCUUUAAACUUAGCAUAACAAAGCAAGAUGAUGGAGGAGCACCUAUUUUGGAAUAUAUUGUAAAAUACAGAAGUAAAGAUAAGGAAGACCAAUGGGAAGUGAAAAAGUUUCAAGGUAAUAAAGACCAAAUUAUUCUAGAACCGUUGCAGUGGACAAUGGUCUAUGAAGUGCAAAUUACUGCCACCAACAGACUGGGAUAUUCAGAACCAGCUGUGUAUGAAUUCAUCAUGCCACCAAAGCCCAAUAUAAUUACAGACACACUUUUUAAUGGACUUGGACUCGGUGCAGUCAUUGGACUGGGUGUAGCUGCCCUUUUAUUAAUCCUUGUCGUGACUGAUGUCAGCUGCUUCUUUGUACGGCAAUGUGGAUUGCUGAUGUGCAUCACCAGAAGGAUCUGUGGAAAGAAGAGUGGCUCCAGUGGGAAGAGUAAAGAGCUAGAGGAGGGGAAGGCUGCAUAUCUGAAAGACGGAUCAAAAGAGCCGAUAGUUGAAAUGAGAACAGAGGAUGAAAGAAUUACCAAUCACGAAGAUGGAAGUCCAGUAAAUGAACCCAAUGAAACAACACCAUUAACAGAACCAGAGAAACUGCCAUUAAAGGAAGAAAAUGGAAAAGAAGUUUUAAAUUCAGAUACUAUAGAAAUCAAAGUUUCUAAUGACAUCAUCCAGUCAAAAGAAGAUGAUAGCAAAGCAUAAUACAACAACUACAGCUGUCUAGAGGGGAAUAAAAGGCAUUUGGAUUCAAAUAAAUCUGUGACCAAAACUUUACAGCUGACCUUAGUUUCUUGGGCAACUUAAGAUGGAAUAAUUCUCAGAAGUAGUUCAAAUGACUUCUGUUGACUGUCCGUUUUCACUUUAUUUCAAUAGUUUUAGUCUGUAGUCCUGGAUGACAUCAGUCCCGUGGUCUCAGUUUGGCAAAUCAGCCAAUAUAAAUAUUGUAAUUUAUUUUAUCACUGAAGAAAUCUAUUUAUAAAAAUUCAAGAAACCCCCUUAGCCACAGACUGUACACCUGACAGCCGUACCACUUACAAUGGAAAUUAAACCCUGAGAGAAAGUGCCAUAUACAUUUAUAUUUGUUUGUACUUGAAAUUUUAAAAGAUUUUGGUUGCCUUUAAAAGAAUAUAUAUAUAAACAAAUUAUAUAUAUAUAGAUAUAAUAUUAGGCUCCAUUAGAAAUUAGAUAUAUGUGGCUGGCAAAGCUAAAUAGUGACUUGACUGCAGCUGAUCUUUGACACAGAGUAGACAACCUCCUUAUGCUGUUAACCCUGCACUUCACACCAGACAAUGAAGGGUUUGUAGGUUUGAUGUACAGAUUUUAACAAAAGUUGUGAACUAUUUUGAUGAAGACAUUGAUCACAUCCUAACUAUCAAAAGUCCACAGAAAUUUCAGUGCUUCAGAUACUUUGUAUUUAUGUUUGGAAGAUCAUGUGUAAGCUAAAAAUGUCGAAACUUAUUUUGUUGUGAAAAUAAGAAUCCUGACUUAUGACCAUAGCACUCAGCUUCAAAGCAAGUCUUACAACAAUAAAUACAAGCUCAACUGAGUUGCCUCAAUGUAUUUAUAAAGAAACAUAAUAUGCACAUUUCUGCUUUCAUUCGUUUACUACAACAAUAAUCAUAUUUGUUCUAAUAUAUAUUUUAAAAGUUAUUCACGUAAACUCAAACCCAAGAUCCAAAAAACUUGUCUAGGCUUGGCCAUGCCCUGUGUAAUUUUCACUUCCACCACCAAUUUAAUAAACCAACUACACAAAAAUAAAAUAAAAGCAAUGGAAAAUGUGGGUCUUAGGAGGAAUGUCAAAUGAUAGGUGAUAAGAAAGAUAAGACAGAGGUUGAGUGAGCUGCAUUUAAACAAUAGAGGAAAAUAUAUCCAAGAAACAAGUUGACUUUUAAAAUGCUGUUUCUGUUCUCAUAGAAUUCUAUACAUAAUUUUUCCCAGCAAUAUCUUCCCUAGCUUGGGAAUGAACUAAGCAGACAACCUUAAGAUGCAUUUAAAUCCAAAUAAAAAUAGAAUGUUGAACUGCAGUCUCCAAACCCUAGGCAUGCCUUGUUGUACUGGAUAGCUGUGAUGGCAAUAGAACAAUUUGUGGAUCACACCCUUCAAUAGUUAAAUUUUGGUUGGCCUCUACAGAUGUGUAACUUGCUAUUGAAAUAAAAUAACAAAUAAAAAACUGUGCUUUUUUUUUGACCCUUGGUAAAAUUGCCAUCAGCUGCAGUAUGUUAAUUUGGCUCCCAGGUCGCCCUUAAAUCUUUGCUGUUAAUAAAUAUAUGGAACAGUAGUCCUGCAUGGGCAGAAUGCAUUAUGCAACUGCUGUUGUUGAGUGGCAAACAAGGGAACAAAAGGCUGAAGGUGUUAUGGGAGGGGUGCAGAGAUAUGUUGGGCAGAGAUAUGGAGGUGCUACCCACCUCCAUGUCCUGAUGAUUCUUGCAGCUCCCAGCAAGGGCUCAUGGUAUGAUAGGUCUGCACUGCUGGGCCCAAGGUUUCCAUCCACUAAUGGCCUGAUAAAGCAUUCACCUUCUCUGGCAUACACUAUUGAAAUAUAUGGAAUGGGUAUAAAUAUAUAUAUAUUUGAUUAGAAAUUUUCAUAACAUGUUUACUGGUUUCCUAUGUCAUCAUGCUAGAACUGCUUAAAUAUUAAUGGUCCUACAGUCUUUUAAUGUGGUGCCAUAUGUCAGAGCCAGUUUUUUCUUUAUUUGAAGAGAAAUAUAGUUUUUCUAAACUACUUUGAAUACUUUUUGCUUUAUUUAGACAGUUUAUAUAGUGUUCAUGUUUUACC